AGUCCGGGGACACAUUUAGCGGUAACACCGGAAGUGCACACUACGCGGAAGUGGAAGCCUGUUGUCAUAAUGGGCAGAGACCGCACAGGUAAAAGACAAUCUUAACCUGUGAGACAUAACAAAAGGACAAUGGGAUUACAAGACUAAAACGGCGAGUAAACAGCAGGAGGCUUUCUUAAAAACCACUCCACCCGCAGCUGAGGACACUGGUUUUUGUAGCGUGGCUGCUGGGUUACGUCGCCUUCCUGGUCUCCGUCAGGAAGAUGUGGACCGGGAAGUACGUCCGCAGCCCGCUCGCCCGCUCCCUCUUCAUGAACAUGGCGAGCGAGAGCGAAGUGGCCGCCAUUGAAACGCAAGAGUGGUACCAGUGCGGACGGGACCUGCUCGGAGAAUCGGUGCGACCCCUCUUUGUCCAAAGCCAACUGGACGCCGACACCAAAGCUUUCCUCAAGGGCAGCGUAGAGAAGUCUGGCUGGCUGUUCACUCAGCUCUAUCACUCGCUCGUAUCCACGGUUCUCAGCCCACUGGUGUCACGCACCUCCAUUAACGGGUUUCUGGGUCGCGGCUCCAUGUUUGUGUUUUCCGCGGAGCAAUUCCAGCGGCUGCUCCGGAUUGACCCGGAGUGGAGGGCCGACAGGCUCCUGGACCUCGGGGCCGGAGACGGAGGGGUCACCGAGGUGAUGGGGGUCCAUUUCAGGGAGGUCUAUGCAACAGAGGUCUCGCCCCCCAUGAAAUGGCUUCUCCAGAGGAAGAAUUACAAACUGCUCGGAAUCAACGAGUGGCCCCAGACCAGUUUCCAGUAUGAUGUCAUCAGCUGUCUGAACCUGCUGGACCGCUGCGACGACCCUCUGCGCCUCCUGCGGGACAUCCGGCUGUCGCUGGUUCCCGGCACGGGGAGACUGGUCCUGGCCGCGGUGCUCCCCUUCCAGCCUUACGUGGAAGUCGGAGGAAAAUGGCAGCGUCCCAAAGAACACGUUAAAGUAAAAGGGAAAACGUGGGAGGAGCAGGUAACCAACUUGUCCAAUGAGGUUUUCCGGAGGGCGGGCUUCGAGGUGGAGGCCGUGACCCGGCUGCCAUACCUCUGUGAGGGGGACAUGUACAAUGAUUACUACGUUCUCGACGAUGCAGUUUUUGUUCUCAAAGCCUCAGGGGAGAGCGUGACGUCUCCUUGAUUACUAAAUGCAACAUGGAACCGCUGGAGAACCCGGGACCGUACCUGGGUACCAGAGGGUUGCGUCUGGAGGGUUUUUAGUGGAAUUUUUCUACGCUUCCUUCAUAAAUCCCAGUAUUUCUGAUGGUAUUUGUUUAUAAACUGCAAGCCAGCUGUGAUGCUCAGGUACUGUAGUUACUGCAUUUACCAGCCGUGUUGAGUGACAGUAGAAACAAACCAACCAACAACGUUUGAACACCUCUGAGGACAAGUCACUAUCACAACACCUCAUUCUUUCAUCAUUCUGCAAGAAAAAUAUUCAUGGACUAAUGUUUCUAUUGGUGACCAAGAGGAUCACUGCAGACACGUGAUUUAACCAGUGAAAAUGUGGCAUUUUUUAUUUAAAUGCUAUUUUUUAUCCUGUUCUUUUGUUUUUACUUUUACUGGUUAAUAAUCCUAUACAUAAUUAAUAUGAGGCCUUUUUAAAGCCUGUGUGACUUUGUCUUCAUUGUGCUUUAAGCUGCAUUUAUUGAUUGUCAUUCUGAGCACUAAGGAGCAGUACAAUACUCGAAGAAUGAAGGAUACUGUAAUAAAUGUUAUGUAUUGAGAAGGUUUACGUAAAAAAAUAAUGUCAACCAUAUCUUCCAGUAGUUUACUGUGAGUAAACAGGGAAUCUGUUUUAUAGGGAUAUCCAGCUGCCGCAGGUACCAACCAUUCAUUAAAGACACCCCUCUAUUACCUAUUAGAACGUAAAUGUUUUACAAAUGACUUAAUAGUUGCACUACAUACUACAAAAUGUAAUGUUAACUGCUCUUUUGCCGUGGCUCGUCAGCUGACCCGUGCAAGUGAAGGUUCUGUGACCAAUUGCGCUGGAAAUUAGGCAAUUUUUUGUCAGCUAGUUGCCAAAUCAGUCAGUCUGCCAUGUUUUUUUAAAUAGUAAAUAAAUAAUAUCCUAACUGCUGGAAACUGAGAAAUGGUGAUCCUCAAUACUUUCAGGCCUUGUAGAGCUCGGGGAGCAC